UUUCGCUGGUGUUUCAUCCACCCCAUCUCAUGAUGUCAAAAUCCAUGGAUCUAACGUAGUGCUAGCCAACUAAGUGAGGAGCUCAGCAACUGGUGGGAUUUCCUUGGACUGGUUUCCUUCAACCUUUUCCAUCUGGGACCUUUUCCCUUUCUCUGUUGGCUCUGGAAUCAAAUCCUUUCCAUGCGGAGAAGACACUUCUUGUUCAUUGAUAGCUGAAAAGGCAAGAGAGAAACACUUCUAAGAAUGCCAGCCUUGACCAUGAGUUGGACCUUGUUGCCAAAACCCUGUUGCCACCAGCCAGUGGGCAUCGGCUGUCCAGAAAGCCCGGCCUUGGCGGGAUUCUGUGGAGACUCCUCUCCGACUUCGAUGCACCUCCACCCGUCAUGGCAGGUGGCCUGCCUUGGUGGCCCCAUUGCCCAGAGAUCUUGCCUCUGCAUUGGACCUCCUCUGCCUUCCAUUUGAGAACAGGGUCCAUCAGUGGGCGAUGAGUGCCGUCAAGGGGGGCAGUGGCCUCUUGGUGGGCCUGACCACGGCCUCCGUCACACUGGACUUCAGCAGCCUCAUGGCCUGGCAACUGACCCCUAACUGGACUUUGAACCACAGCCUGCCCACCUCGGAGCCCCUCAAUGCCUCCCUGGAGGCAGAGGUCUCCCGGACAUCCCUUGGGGAGAAAAACUGGCCGGCCCUCCUCAUCCUGGUCAUCAUCCUGCUGACCAUUGGAGGCAACAUCUUGGUCAUCAUGGCUGUCUCUUUGGAGAAGAAGCUCCAGAAUGCCACCAACUACUUCUUGAUGUCCUUGGCAGUGGCUGACAUGUUAGUGGGCAUCCUGGUCAUGCCGGUGUCCCUCAUCACCAUCCUCUACGAUUAUGCUUGGCCCCUGCCUAAACAAUUGUGUCCCAUCUGGAUUUCCCUAGAUGUGCUCUUCUCCACCGCCUCCAUCAUGCACCUCUGCGCCAUUGCCCUUGACCGCUACGUCGCCAUCCGCAACCCCAUUGAGCACAGCCGCUUCAACUCCCGCACCAAGGCCAUGAUGAAGAUCGCCGCCGUCUGGACCAUCUCCAUCGGGAUCUCCAUGCCCAUCCCGGUCAUCGGCUUGCAGGACGACUCCCGGGUCUUUGUGAACGGCAGCUGUGUCCUCAAUGACGAGAACUUUGUCCUGGUGGGCUCCUUUGUGGCCUUCUUUGUCCCUUUGGUCAUCAUGGUCUUUGCCUACUGCCUGACCAUCCAGGUCCUGCAGAAGCAGGCCUCCGUCUUCCUCUACGGAGAGACCCCCAAGUCCCAGCAGCACCAGCAGCAGCACCAGAGGCGGAGCAGCAUGAACUGCCUCAAGAAGGAGCCCAACGCAGAGCACCUCUCCAUGCUCCAGAACCACGAGGCAGUCUCCCACUUGAACUCCCCGGUCAACAAGGAAGGGGUGCUCUUCCGGAAGGGCACCAUGCAGUCGAUCAACAAUGAGAGGAGGGCCUCCAAGGUCUUGGGCAUCGUCUUCUUCCUGUUCCUCAUCAUGUGGUGCCCCUUUUUCAUCACCAACAUCAUGUCGGUCCUCUGCAAGGAGGCCUGCGACGAGGCUCUCCUGGGGGAGCUGCUGGACGUCUUUGUGUGGAUCGGGUACAUCUGCUCCGGGGUCAACCCCUUGGUCUACACCCUCUUCAACAAAAUCUACCGCAGGGCUUUCUCUAACUACAUCCGCUGCCGCUACGACGGUGGGAAGAAGGUGGCGCAGAGGCACAACCCGGGCGCCAACGUCUCCACGGCGGCACUUUACGCGAAGGAACUCCAUUUGAACAGUUACCGAAACGGGAACGAACUCAACAGCAUGGAGUUGGAUGAGACGGAGGACGCUGUGGAAAUGAAUGUCGGGACUUCAGAGCUGUCCAUCAACAGCGAAAAGACCAGCAGCGUCUAGAAGCCAGGCCCAAAUGUAAGACACAAACAAACCCACCGUUCAGGGGUUUCACUGUGGUGCAGCUAACAAACCCUGUUACGUGCGAGAAUGGUGUAAAUACUGCAUUUGGAACAAAGCUGUCUCCUUUCCUUUUGUUUUUUUUAAAUGGAAACCUCCAUGUUUGUAACUCAUUGCCUUGUUUCCCCAGAUUCAGAAUCAAUUGUUGGAUGCAGAGUGGUCAGAAUCUCUGCAGAAAGAGGGGGGUCCCAAAUGGUAUCCAUUAUUUUUGCUUUCAAAACAUUGGGUUUUUUCCUCCCUCCCUUCUUUCUCGUGCAUGAACAAAAUGCUGACUAUUAAUCUCAGGUGGUAAUUUCUUUCUUUUUUUAAAAGUCCUCAAUGGUCAAUAAUAAUGAGUGGUCUCAUGUCAAAUAAAGGGAGAUGACUCGG